AUGACUAUCCCUGAGCCAAAAAGUUUCCAGUUCAAGCUGUCUGUACCUAGCUGGCUUGCGAGUUCUGUGGUGGGACAGAAUUUAGCCCAGGAGUUUGAACUUCUUGCAGUUGGCCAGAAGGUGGUGCUGCUGCUUCAUUUGAGCCAGGACUGCCCAGGCUCAUGGCUACUGAGAGUGGGUGUCCCUCCACACUAUCCUGUGGCUAUGGCAGAUUUUUCUAUGACCUUACAUUCACUGCGAUUCAACAGCAUGCUGAAGGAGGAAAAUGCUGACCCCCAAAACAGGGGGACGACCUUCUCUAGACCAGUGACGGAAACCAGAGCAGAUGUCCAAAUUCUGAAUUCUCAUGUAGACUUGCCUGUAGCCUCAACUUCAGCCUCUGAUCCUGGAGGGAUGUCCACACAGCUAAUGACACCCCCAGCCUUUGAUGCCGUGUCUGCCCCUUUAAUGGGGACACCAAACUCUGGAGCACUGUCGCCACAACUAAUGUCAAACUCAGACUCGGGGACACUGUCCCCAUUGCUAAUGCCAGCUUCAGAUUCUGGCACACUGUCCCCAUUGCUAAUGCCAGCCUCCGAUUCUGGAGUGCUCUCUCCAUUUUUGUCCACUGCAGAUUAUGGGUUGAUGUCCCCCGGGCUGACAAUUCCUGACUUUGGAAUGAUGUCCACAGCAUUAAUGACAGCUCCAGAUUCUAGAGAGAUAUCACCGUUAGCAAUGCCGGCUUCAUCCUCUGGAAUGAUGUCUGCACCUAUAAUGAAUCCUUCAUCCUCUGAAGCCAUGUCCACACAGUUAAUGCUAGCCCCAGAUCCUGGAGAGAUAUCCCCACUGCUAAUGCCAGAUAUAAACCCUGGAGGAAUGUCCACACAACAAAUGACAGCUCCAGGCUCUGAAGCAAUGUCCCCUUUGCAAAUUACAGAUGAAGACACUGAAGCAAUAUCCAAAGUGCUAAUGACUGCUCUAGCCUCUGGCGAGAUAUCAUCCUUGCUAAUGUCAGGCACAGACUCUGAAGCAAUAUCCUCACUGAUAAUGUCAGCGCUAGGUUCGGGAGCAAUGCCAACCCAGCCAAUGAGCACCCAAGACUCCGGGGGAAUGCCCACCACACUAAUGUCAGGCCCAGAUGCCACAGAAAUGUCUUCACUGCUAACUUCAGUUCCAGGCUCAGAAGCCAUGUCCCCAACACUACUGUCUAUCUCAAAUGCUGAAGAAAUGUCCACAUUACUAAAGCCAGUCUCAGAAUCUGAAGCAGUAUCCCCACUGCUAACGACUUCUGUAGCCUCUGGAGGGAUGCCAACCCAGCUAACAGCAGGCCCAGGAGCUGUAGCAAUGUCCCCAUUGUUGACACAAAAUCUAAAUUCUGAAAUCAUGUCUACUCCACCAAUGACAACAACCACCUCGGGAGCGAUGCCCACACCUCCAAUGGGAGCCUCAGACUCUGGAGCAAUGUCCACACCACUAAUGAGAGCUACGACCUCUGGAAAUGUGUCUACAUUGCUAACGACAGCCCCAGGCUCUGGAGCAAUGUCUAUCCCACUGAGGGCAGUUACAACCUCUGGAGCAAUGACCACAGAGAAAAUGUCAGCCACAGCUUCUAGAGUGAUGUCCACACAGUCAAUGAUGGCCAAAACUGCUGGAGCAAUCUCCACAGGGUUUCCGAAAGCCAUGGCCAGUGGAGCCAUGUCCACACAGCAGAUAAGAGCCUCGGUCUCUGGAGGGAUGUCUGUACCACUAAUGACAACUGUAGCUCCUGAAACAAUAUCCAUGCCACAAUUUACAGCCCCAGCAACUGGAUCUAUGUCUACACUGCAAAUGAGAGCCCCAGACUCGGGAGCCAUGCCCAUGUCACAAAUGAGAGCCACCACCUCAGGAGUGAUGUCUACACCACAAAUGCAAGCCACAGUUUCUGGAGCUACGUGCCUUCCAUUAAUGUCAGCCAAAGCAUCAGGGUCGAUGUCCCCACUGUUAACAAGAGACACAGCCUCAGGAAUGAUGUCCACAUCACAAAUGAGAGCUAUGGCCUCUGGAGCAUCAGCCAAGCCACUAAUGACACCCAAAGCCUCUGGAGAAAUGUUCACACAGCCAAUGACAACCACAACUUCUGGAGAGAUAUCCACAAUGCUAGUGAGAGACACAGUUUCUAGAGGGAUGUCCAUGCCACAAGUGACAGCCAAGGCCUCUGGAGGAAUGUCCAGACCGAUAAAGAGACCCCCAGUCUCAGAAGGGAUUCCCACCCCACAGAUGACAGCUACAGCCUUUGGAGCUAUGUCCAUGCCACUAAAGAGAUCUCCAGUCCCUGGAGCAAUGCCCAUGUCACCAAUGAGAGCCACAACCUCUGCAAAGGUUUCCAAUCAGCUUAAGAGUGCCUCUGGAGGGAUGCCUACAUUGCUCAUGAAAUCCAUGACCUGCGGAGGGAUGUCUACACUGCAGUCGAGAGCCUCCACCUCUGAAGUGAUGUCUGAUCCCAGAAUGAUAGCCCCAGCCACUGGAGAGAUAUCCACACCACUAAUGAGAACCUCAGCUUCUGGAGAGAUAUCUGCGCCUCUGAGAGCUCCAGCUUACGGAGUGAUGUCCACUCCACAAAUGACUUCCACAGCCUCUGGAAUGAUGCCCAUGACACAAAUGAGAGCGCCAGUCUCUGGAGGGAUAUCCACAUUGCCAACGAGAUCCACAGUCUCUGGAGCUAUGCCUGUGCCUCAAAUGACAGCCAUAGACUCUGGAGGAAUAUCCAUGAUGUCGAUACAACCUUCAGGCUCUAGAACAAUGUCCACACCCCAGUUGACACCUACAGCUUCUGGAGAGAUGCGCACCGAUUUCAUGAGAGCUCCGGUCUCUGGAAAAAUGUCCAUGACACAAACAACAGCCAUGACCUCUGGAGGAGUACCCAUGCCACUAAUCGGAGCCACCAACUCUGGAACCAUGCCCAUGCCACAUGUGUCAGCCAUGGCUUCUGAAGAGAUGUCUGUGCCACUAAUGAAGAGCCCAAUCCCAGCAGCAAUCUCCACACUGCAAACAAGAGCCCCAAGCUCUGAAUCUGCGUUGACAUCACAGAUAAUGUACACAGCUUCUGGAGGGAUGGCCACAUUACCAAUGAAAGCCACAUCUUCUGGAGCCACAGGCUCUGAAGGGAUGCCCAUGUCACAAAUGACAACCAUGGCUUCUGGGGGGCUAUCCAGGCCGCUAAUGAGAGUCCCAGCCUCAGGAGCAAUGUCCACACUACAAGUGGAAGCCACAGCCUCUAGAGUGAUAUCCAACCCAGAAACCAAAACCACAGACUGUGAAGAGACAUCCAUCCCUCACAUCAACACCACAACCUCUGGGUCAAAGUUCACACCAUGUGCAACAGCCACAGCCCCUGAUAUGAGGAACCCACCCCAACAGGAAGUUCCGUCCUUUGGAAUGUUGACACCAGCACUCUGUUACCUCUUAGAAGAGCAGGAAGCGGCCCGGGGUUCGUGUCCUGUGGAAGAGGAGAUGGAGAUUGAUGAGGAGAAGCAGAUCAAAGGUUUUUUGGAUGAUUCCGAGAAAAUGGCAUUUCUGGUGUCUCUUCAUUUGGGGGCAGAUGAGCGGUGGUCUAUCUUGCAGAUGGAGGUAGGAAACCCCCUUUCAGCUGAGAAUAAAUCUUUCCUGGCCAGAUCCCAGGGCUUAUAUGACUCUUUAUCUGAAGUAGACAUCCUCAGUGCUGUUCUUUGCCAUCCCAAGCAAGGCCAGAAGUCAGUUAGGCAGUAUGCCACUGACUUCCUACUCCUGGCCCGACAUUUGUCUUGGUCUGAUGCCAUUUUACGGACCAGGUUUCUGGAAGGACUCUCAGAAGCUGUUGCCACCAAAAUGGGUCGGAUCUUCCUGAAGGUGGCUGGCAGCCUAAAGGAGCUGAUAGACAGGUCUCUCUAUACUGAGUGCCAGCUGGCUGAAGAAAAGGAUUCUCUGGGCAACUCAAGCCAGGAUCUGCCUUCAGUCUGUAAGCGGAAUAAUGAGGAGGCAAUGGAGGAUGAACUGAACUCUCAUCAGCAGACUGAGGAGCACCAGCAUGUUCCUAAACGCUGUUUCUACCUGAAAGAGCAUGGAGACCCCCAAGAAGGUCUUCAUGGCCACCUUCAACAGAGCACAGGCCAUCAGAAGGCCCCCACUGACAAAUAA